GUUAUCUCCAUACCGCGCCAGAUCGGUGCAAUCUUCGACAACGACCCCGAGAUACUCGACCUAUUCGAAGAGGUUCGAUGGCCGCUGGCGGCCUUCAUAGUGACGAUGAACAUCGGCACCAUGAUGGAGCAGGUGCCCGUCGCCGUCGGCCGCACCAGCACCGUCUUCUGGGCCGGGCUGGCAGGCUCGUGGCUCGGCCAGGUGCCGUGCGUGCUGCUGUGCGUGAACUUCUGGCGUAGAGACCUCGUGGGCCUCUACACGGGGGUGGCCGCGGGCUAUCUCUUGCUGGGCGUGCUGCUGGGAUCCGCCAUCUGCACCAUCAACUGGCAUGACGCCGCCAGGCAAGCCCGCGAGCGGUCCGAGGUGUGCCCACGGCUGGCGCAACAAAAAAGGUGUGCCCACGGCUGGCGCAGCCCGGCGGGCUGUCGCGGGGAUGGUGCUCGGCGCGCCCGCGGGGCCCACCUGGGGCCGCCUGGCCGACCAGGCGUCCCCGCCCCCGAUGACGGAGCCGCAGCCCGCCGGUGCCGCCGCUGCUGGUCCCGCCGAGUGGGACGAGCACCUGCCGCUGAGCGCCGCGUGCCUGCCAGGACACUCACUGGCGGCCCUCGCGCUCGUUUGUCGCAGCGUUCGCGGCCGCGUCUGCCAGCCGGCGACGCUCCGCUGGCUGGCGGGGCUCCGCAGCGUGCCGGAGGGGCUGGCGUCGGGCGUGGAGUGCCUGGAGCACCUGGCGAUAGCGGAGACGGUGUUCGCCAUGCGGUGCACCGUCGCCUUCUCUUAUGGCCAGAUCGACCUCGACCCCGCCGAGUGGUCCAAGGUCGCCAGGGUGGCGAAGCUGCUGCAGAAACAUCCGUCGCUCGUCGUAUCCCUGGAGGCGCACUGCGGACUUGAGGCGCCCACGCGCGCCUAUGCUCACGGCUACUCCCAGAGGUGCGACCCGCACCCCGCCGCUGCGGCCGCGGGAGCACAGAAAGGGG